AACACUACCUUUGAUCAUGAAGGUCUUCGUUCGGAGCUUCCUCUGUUUCUUCUUCAUCUUCUUCUUCCUUCAAAGGGUAAUAUGUGAAACUCAAGCUGAGAGUGGAUCAGAACAUGCUAGCUUACCACCAAGAGGUUGGAACUCAUUUGAUUCCUUCUGCUGGACCAUCUCUGAAGAAGAGUUUCUUCAGAAUGCAGAACUUGUAGCUCAGCGGUUACAUGCUCAUGGAUAUGAGUAUGUUGUGGUGGAUUACCUUUGGUAUAGAAGGAAAGUUAAAGGCGCUUACACUGAUUCUCUGGGUUUUGAUGUAAUUGACGAAUGGGGGAGGAUGAUUCCUGAUCCAGGUAGAUGGCCUUCCUCCAGAGGAGGGAAAGGGUUCACUGAAGUGGCCAGGAAAGUUCAUAGCAUGGGUUUGAAAUUUGGGAUUCAUGUUAUGAGAGGUAUAAGCACGCAGGCGGUCAAUGCGAAUACCCCAAUCUUAGACAUCACCAAGGGAAGUGCUUAUGAAGAGUCUGGACGCCAAUGGCACGCAAAAGAUAUAGGACUAACAGAUAGGCGUUGUACAUGGAUGCCUCAUGGUUUCAUGAGUGUAAAUACGAAGUUGGGAGCUGGAAGAGCAUUUUUGAGGUCCCUCUAUCAACAGUAUGCCGACUGGGGCGUUGAUUUUGUGAAAAAUGACUGUGUAUUUGGUGACGAUUUGAAUAUAGAUGAGAUCAGCUUUGUGUCAGAGGUCUUGAAGGAAAUUAACCGCCCCAUCCUUUAUUCCCUUUCUCCAGGAACUAGUGUGACACCAACCAUGGCAAAGGAUGUAAGUGGUCUAGUCAACAUGUACAGGAUAACUGGGGAUGAUUGGGAUUCAUGGGGAGAUGUUACAGCCCAUUUUGAUGUUGCAAGGGACUUUUCUGCUUCUAACAUGAUAGGAGCUAAGGGGUUGCUGGGGAAGUCGUGGCCCGACUUGGAUAUGCUACCAUUUGGCUGGCUUACUGAUCCAGGUUCAAACGAAGGUCCUCACAGAUAUUGUAAUCUUAAUGUAGACGAGCAAAGAAGUCAGAUGACUCUGUGGUCCAUGGUCAAAUCACCUCUCAUGUUUGGAGGAGAUAUGAGAAAGCUUGAUGAAAUAACAUUCAAUCUCAUCACAAAUCCUAUUCUACUGGAAAUAAAUUCCUUCAGCUCAAACAAUAUGGAGUUUCCUCAUAUUACUGGUGGAAAGCCUGUUCACCUUAGUAAGCAAGGUGUGCAAUCAAACAGUGUAGCAGAUGUGAAGGCAUCAGAAACACAUUUUUUAGGACUUUCUAGCUGCAAGGAUUCCAAGUCCAAAGGUUGGUCCAUCAAAGCUAUAGAUGAUGAUCUUGAACAAGUCUGUUGGGAAGGAAACUCAAGAAGCAAACCUCAUGCUCCUUUUUGUUUAUACAAGAGAAGACCUCUUUCUGCAUCAGAUGAAGACACGAUGCAUACGCUGCAAAAUCAAGGGAAAUUCCAUUUACAUGCAACAGACACCAUGGAAUUCUGUUUGCAUGCUUCUCCAAAACAGAAACUUACUUCUAAAGAGUUCAAGAGAGGUUCAUUUUCACCUUGCAGAUGGGAAGCCAACCAGAUGUGGGAGUUGAACCAUAAUGGAACCCUUGUUAACAGUUAUUCUGGUCUAUGUGCUUCUUUGAAUACAAUCAAAGCUAAUGCUGGUUCUGGGGGGAUUCGCUCUUGGAUUGCAACCGGAAGGAAAGGAGAAAUAUAUCUUGCAUUUUUCAAUCUGAAUUCUGAAAAGAAUGUCAUUACAGCCAAGGUGUCGGAUCUUGCUACUGUACUUCCAGGCAAAAUUUUGAAUGAUGCUUCUUGCACAGGAACCGAAGUAUGGAGUGGGAAAAACUAUGGACUAAUAAAAGAAUCAGUGUCAAUAGCAGUAGAAGUGCAUGAGUGUGCAUUAUUCAUCUUGAAUUGCAGUUAGUGAUUAACAAAUUGUCCAACCCAAAUAUAGACUAUGUAUGUUGAAUUAGCUAAUUCCACUCCGGAUGUUGUAAUGCAUCAGCCAUUUUUUUGGCGUAAUGGAAGGGAACAUUGAUGGGUUGCUGUCUUUUAUCUAUUUUGUGUCUAUAUGUGAUGGGCCCGGUGU